UUUUAUUUUAUAAUGCAUUGUACGCUAAGAUUUUCGCGCUGCGUUAAGUUUCUGCAGACGCAAGAUAAUUUAAUGCGAUGUGUUCGAGGAGUAGCUGCAGGAACUCAAGCUUUGAAGUUUGACAAAUUAUUUCGCGAACGUGAAUUCCAAUCACGACAUAUUGGUCCAAGAGAUCAUGAGCAAUUGGAGAUGCUGAAGAUUAUUGGAUUUAAGUCAUUAGAAGAAUUAACGAAUGCUGCGGUACCAAGUAAUAUCAGAAGAGACAAAGAUUUAGAUCUAGAUCAGCCGAUCACUGAGUAUGAAUUGGUGAAGAGAAUAACUCAAAUGUCACAGAAAAAUAAAGUAUGGAGAACUUAUAUUGGUAUGGGAUACUAUAAUUGCUGUGUUCCACUUACAAUAAUGAGAAAUAUUUUUGAAAAUCCUGGAUGGACAACACAGUAUACUCCAUAUCAACCAGAAAUAGCGCAAGGAAGAUUAGAGAGUCUGUUAAAUUAUCAAACUAUGAUUUGCGACAUGACAGGAAUGGAAGUAGCAAACGCAUCACUUCUCGAUGAAGGAACAGCAGCAGCAGAAGCUCUGGGUCUUGCGCAUCGUCAUAAUAAACGUAAAAAAUUAUUUGUCUCUGAUAAAGUUCAUCCCCAGACUAUUAGCGUCAUUGCAACUAGAUCAUACUCUUUGGGAUUGACUCUUGAAGUAGGAGAUGUUUUCAGUGUCGACACAUCUUCCAAAGAAAUUGCGGGAAUUCUUCUCCAGUAUCCAGAUACCACUGGAGCUAUUUAUGACUAUCAGAAAGUUGUUGACAAAGCUCAUGCUGAUGGAACUCUAGUUUGCGCAGCGACUGAUCUGUUGGCUUUAGCAAUUCUACGCCCACCAGGUGACUUUGGUGUUGACAUUUGCGUGGGAACUAGCCAACGUUUUGGAGUUCCUUUGGGGUACGGUGGACCACAUGCCGGAUUCUUUGCUUGUCACAAUAAAUUUGUGAGACUGAUGCCUGGAAGAGUGAUCGGUGUCACCAGAGACAGCGACGGUAAUGACGCGUAUAGAUUGUCGCUCCAAACACGCGAGCAACAUAUCAGAAGAGAUAAAGCGACAAGUAAUAUUUGUACUGCUCAAGCACUCCUGGCUAAUAUGUCCGCGAUGUACGCAGUUUAUCACGGUCCUGAUGGUAUUCGUGAUAUUUCUAAAAAAGUACAUCAUCUGACUACUGUUCUGGCGCGAGGUCUUCAAGCUGCUGGUCAUCGGUUACACAAUGAUUACUUUUUUGAUACGAUUACUGUUACACCUACUCAAUCACUGAAAAUUAUUCAAGACAAUGCUGAACGUCAUGAAAUUAAUCUAAGGUACAAUCAAGAUGGAUCUGUUGGAAUAUCUCUUGAUGAAACAACGACACCAAAUGAUGUGAAUGAUUUAUUUAAAAUAUUUGAAGCUAAGCAAACCGUUGAAGACAUUCUGAAUAACGACUCGCUAGAUGAGAAGAAUUUAACAAACUCUGAAUUGAAACGUACUUCUGCCUAUUUAGAGCACCCGGUAUUUAAUAUGCACCAUUCAGAGACAAGAAUCGUACGAUACAUGAAAGCAUUGGAAAAUAAAGACAUUUCUCUUGUCCACAGCAUGAUUCCACUGGGCUCGUGUACCAUGAAACUAAACUCAACAACUGAGAUGAUGCCAUGCAGUCUUCCGGGCUUCGCCAACAUGCACCCGUUCGCACCAGUGAACCAAGCUGAAGGCUACAGAGAGUUAUUUGGUCAACUAGAAAAAGAUCUUUGUGCAAUUACUGGGUAUGAUGGAAUAAGCUUCCAGCCAAACAGCGGAGCUCAAGGAGAGUAUGCGGGUCUGAGAGCUAUUCAGUGUUAUCACGAGUCUCAGGGUAACGUUGAUAGGAAGGUUUGUUUGAUACCGAUUUCCGCUCAUGGUACCAACCCGGCAUCUGCGCAAAUGGCUGGCAUGCAAGUGGAACCAAUUUUCAUACGUAAAGACGGUUCUGUGGACUUGGCGCAUUUGAAGGAGAUGAUUGAUCGGUACAGGCAGACUCUGUCGUGUCUUAUGAUAACGUAUCCAUCCACCAAUGGAGUGUUUGAGGAAACGAUAGGUGACGUUUGUGACCUGGUACAUGAAGCUGGUGGCCAAGUGUAUCUCGACGGAGCGAAUAUGAACGCCCAGGUGGGGCUCUGCAGACCUGGUGACUAUGGAAGUGAUGUUUCACAUCUUAAUCUUCAUAAGACAUUCUGUAUUCCUCAUGGAGGUGGUGGGCCUGGAAUGGGACCUAUUGGAGUAAAACGUCACUUGAUGCCAUUUUUACCCGGACAUCCAGUAAUUGAUCCAGCAAAUGGUCAAAGCAAUGACACUGCUGGUCUUGGAACAGUAUCUGCAGCUCCAUAUGGCUCGUCAGCAAUUUUACCCAUAUCGUGGGCUUAUAUUAAAUUAAUGGGACCCAAAGGACUGCGCAAGGCUACUCAGGUUGCUAUAUUAAACGCUAAUUACAUGAGCAAGCGAUUAGAAAAGUAUUAUAACACUUUGUAUAAAGGAGAAACUGGUCUAGUGGCUCAUGAAUUCAUACUUGAUGUAAGAGAAUUUAAAAAAACGGCAAAUAUUGAGGUAGUUGACAUUGCCAAGAGAUUGAUGGAUUACGGAUUCCAUUCACCGACUAUGAGUUGGCCAGUUCCUGGUACUUUGAUGCCUGAGCCUACUGAGUCGGAAGAUAAAAUGGAGCUAGACAGAUUUUGUGACGCAUUAAUAUCUAUUAGAGGAGAGAUUAAAGAUAUCGAAGACGGUAAAAUGGAUAUUAAUGUAAAUCCCCUGAAAAUGGCACCUCAUACGCAAGAGCAAGUUAUUAAUUCAAAAUGGGAUAGACCUUAUUCACGAGAAUUGGCUGCUUUUCCAAUUUCAUUUUCAAAAAUUCCAAAAAUAUGGCCAAGAGUUGGUAGAACAGAUGACAUUUAUGGUGAUAAAAAUCUUUUCUGCACAUGUCCACCAAUUCUUCCACCUCAACAAUAA